AUGGCCUAUUUUGCACUGUGUUGCGGCAAGGAUUGGAACCCUGAAGCAGCAUCGUAUUGGCAUCUCGAAGCUUCUCGGACCAAGUUGUGGUAUCUGCAAACGCCAACUAAGGACAGAAUGGAAGCAGAAUGGUUCUCGGGUAUCAAGGCUGUCACCUCAACCGCCACGACAGUGGUAUCUGGUUUAAAUGAUUGGAUUGCUUUUCUUCAAUGGUUCCAGCCAGACAAAACUUUGGAGAAUGGACAGCUGCAGGAGGAGCUCUGGAAACUCGAGACAACAAUGCCAAUGAUGCAGGAAAUGAUCGAUAAAGCAGAGUGGUCAAGUCAUAAGGACCCAGUAGCAAAACUUUUAGAAGAACUCAAGGGUGUCUUUUAUGAUAGUGAAGAUACUCUUGAUGAUCUGAACUAUUACGUGCUGAAAUCAAAGAUAGAGAAAGGUGCACUGCCAACAGAUUUCACUAAGAGCACAGUCUGCUGUGGCUUUGGUAAAGUGAAGGAACUGCAAAGAAGGGCCGAACAUCUGAUGACUCAGUUGAAUUUCAUGGUUUCACACAACGAGAGGCAUUUUGUGAAGUCAUUCAGGCCAGAAACAAGUUCUCUUCCAAAUGAACCUAAGAUCUUUGGCCGCCAAAAGGAAUUGAUGGAAAUUAUUCAAUUGCUUGGCGUGCCAGUAAGCAUCCAUAGUGGUGGGAAAAGAAAAAACAGUAAAAGUGCAACUGAUGCACUCAGCACCCAGGAAGCUUUCAUUGAUGAUGCAAGAAAUGAAGGUGUGGGUGUACUGGCUAUAACUGGCAUUGGUGGUGUAGGUAAAACAACUUUGACACAACAAAUCUACCAUCAUCCUCUGGUAGAAGCUCAUUUCGACCAACAGCUUUGGAUAUGUGUGUCCGAUGACUUUGACGUUAAGAGAUUGACAAAAGAGCUCGUACAGUCCUCAGGGGUGAAAGCAUUGUCAGAUAACCUGAAUUCUCUCCAAUCAAUACUGGCUACUGCUGUCAAGUCUAAGCGGUUUCUGCUCGUGUUAGAUGAUAUAUGGGACGAUGUUCUGACUGAAAAUGGACAAGAAUGGGAGAACUUCUGUGCUCCUCUAACACGUGGGCUUCCAGGAAGCAUUAUCCUAGUGACUACCAGGUCUGUUAAGGUAGCUAAGAAAGUGUGCACAGUUGGGACUUUUCCACUAGAAGGUUUACAAGCUGAUGCCUUCUGGGAGUUCUUCAGAUCAUGUGCAUUCAAUUGCAAGGGCUGCGAAAAUAAUGCAGAUUUAGAAACCAUUGCAAGGAAGAUUGUUCCCAAACUGAAAGGGUCUCCUCUAGCUGCCAAAACUCUUGGCCGGUUGCUAAGGGUGAAUCAUGACAUUGAACAUUGGAGAAAUGUCUUAGAUAGUGAGCUGUGGGAAUUAAAGCAAGAAAAGGAGGAGAUCUUGCCGGCUCUUAGAUUGAGCUACAUUUAUCUGCCUUUCCGUUUAAAGAGGUGUUUCUCACUGUGUGCAAUGUACCCAAAAGACCAUGUCUUUCAGAUGGAAGUUGCUGUUCACAUAUGGUGUGCCCAAGGUUUCGUGGAACCUCAAGGUCAAAUUCCUCUUUCAGAUAUUGCGCGUUCCUAUUUUCAAGAACUUAUAGACCGCUCACUCUUUCAAGAAGCUGCGGGGGCACCUGAUACAUACGUCAUUCAUGAUUUGAUCCAUGAUAUGCUCCAGUUAGUCUCAGCAAAUGAAAGUUCGUCUGCCUUGAAAUAUCUCCGUUUUCUGUCUUGUGGCUUUAAUGCUAUAAAGGUGCUGCCUGAGACUGUUGCUCGUUUUAAGCUUCUGAGGUGCUUAAAGUUUGGAAGCUCCAGGACUUGUACUUUUCAUACAUUCCCAGAGUCAUACUGUUGCCUUUAUAAUCUGCAAACGUUCGUGGGGCUAGGCUUCAUAUUCCAGAACUUACCAAGGAACUUCACUAGACUUGUCAACUUGCAGCACUUCAGAAUUAAUACUCUUACUCAUCAGAGACACUGCACACUAUAUUCUGUUCCUUCCGAGUUCGCCCAUAUCAGAUUGCUAAGGUACAUGAAUCUUAAGGGAGAACUGAAUCUGGAAGGCAUGUCCUAUCUGCAACCAAAUGAUGUACAACAGCUCGAAAUGAGCAAAAGAAAGGAUAUUCGGAAACUAAUAUUAGCUUUUGACCAGGGUAGGGGCACCUCUGAUAGUGAUAUGGAAGUUCUUGAGGCUCUUUGCCCCCAUCCAGAUGUUAUUCAGUGCCUGGAUAUCAAGUAUUUCAAAGGCGACUUAAAUCCUACUUGGUUUAAGCCAUCAAACCUGCAGAGCUUAAUGCAGCUCCAGUUCAUAACAUGUGAUAUACGUACAGUAUCUUGGGGUGGUGACCAUGCUGGCACUAUGUUCUCAGCUCUCACUUUUUUGAACAUUUCUAUGUGCAGCAGACUGUCUUCGCUUGAACAACUUCUACAGGCACCUGGUCUUCCAGCAAUCAGAAUAAUUAGUAUUGACCGUUGCCCAGAGUUGGUGAACCUUUUUGUUGAAACCUUUAAAGCUUUUGAAUGUCUUGAAACACUGAGCAUCUGGAGCUGCCCAAAGAUUAAUUGGGAAAGGCUUGUUGGGUUGCCGCCUUCAUUGCAAUAUCUGAACAUGAUUGAUUUUGGUCAAUUUUCUGAUCACUUUCUGAGCUGCCUAGAACAUCUAGCAUCGCUACUGAAACUGAAUUUAUCUUCUGAAUCUUUGACUUCAAUUCCCAUACAACAAUGGUCAUCUCUACUGCGCCUGGAUGUUUGGAACUGUAGCAAAUUAACAACAGUUGACUUCACUCCUCGUUCCUUACCAGCAGUAAAAGUAAUCACAAUUCGAAAUUGUGAAGCUUUAUUGUCUCUACCUGGCAAAACGUUUGUGGAGUUCUGUUGUCUAGAGGAAUUGAUGAUACGUGAAUGUCCAAAUAUUGAGUGGAGAGGCUUGACAUUUCCUAUAUCGCUUCGGGAGCUGUACCUCAAUGACUGUGGAGACAUCUCACCAUGGGUUCCGAACUCACUGGAGCACCUCAACCACUUAACCCAUCUGGCGUUGAUGAACCUCAAGUACAUCAAAUCAAUCUCUGCACAAAUAUGGGCACAGAGUUUGUCAAAGCUGGAAUUCUUGCAGAUCUGUGAGUGUCCUCAUCUGCAAGCGAUUGGUGGUCCCAAAGGAAUUGCAGGCAUUACUAAUGCAUUUGUUGAAUCGUGUGACAAGCUAAAGGGUAUAAAGCAACCUUUCCGGAGAGGUAGAAUGGCCCACUUCGGCCACUUUUGACACAUGUUAGCUCCUGCAGGUGGAGUCGAACCAGAGAGAAGGCGUGAAGUGCCAAAGUGACCCUGAACCUCCUGAAGCCUGAAGAAGGGAAAACCCCUGUGACUUGUUUGCUUUGCUUUCUUGCUUUGGUGGUCCGAGAGGUGAGAGCAAAUGGCUUAACAAACAUGAAGCCUGGCGUUUUUUCCCCUUCUUUUUCUUUUGGCGAAGCAAAGAGCACCGUAGCUGGCAGGCAAUUUCCCCGAAACUGAUACUCUUGCGUUCCUGCGCUGUUUUGUCUGGUGGUGAGUUUAGGACCUUUCCCCUGUGUUGAGCAUAUGCGCUUUGGCCCGCCCAAAGGUGAUGACGCUUUUGCUGUUAUGGCAAUUGGCAAGUGGUAGCAAAUUGAUGAACUACUUGUCCUUUACUGUGUUUCGGGGUUACGUUUCUGCUCUACUUUUAUUUGUUGCUUUUAAAAUUUCUUGUUCAA